AGCGAUCUGGGUAUCCUGUGCAAAAGUAGUAUCGUACUCGUAUUCAGCCAUGCAUUACAAAUCUUUCUCUUAAGGUAAAUCCGCAUAACAAAUUUUAUUUCUCAUGCUGAGGAAAUUUGUAAUGCAAUUUAUACGAGUGCGAUACUUUUGCGCUGCAUACUGGGGUGGCGAAGCCGAAAUUUGCGCAGCCGAACGGAGUAUCCACUGAGAGACGAGUAUCGCACUCGUGGUACUACCGCAUGACAAAUGUGCUUACUAAGCCGAAAUCAGCAUUACAACAAAUUCGAAUUCUAUUUGUCAUACUGCGAAAAUUUGUAAUGCGACUCCUACUACUAGUGCGAUAUGCAUAUGUUUGCAAUGCAUACGGGGAGGAAUUGUGG